AUGGGAAUACCACCAGGUUUGUCAAUGGUAGAUGAGGUCGCUUACCUGUCCGCGAAAUCACGUUAUAUCAAUUUCGAAGAAUACGAGAUCGCGAGCCGAUGGCUUUUGCAGCACGGUGUCUCUGGACUACGACAAGAGAUACUAUCAAGAUUCCCCGGUUCAGGGCUGAGAGAGUACGCGAACUACAUCCUUGAUCUUGACGACAUCGGCCUUGCAAGCUUUGGGCUCAGGUCUACACUAUGGGUGCUUGGAGGUGACAGAUUCUGGCUUCAGCAGGCAGAGGCAGAGGCAGAGGCAGAGACUCUGUCGUCGGACAUCCAGCAUAUCCUGAAGAGUAGCCAUGGCAGGGACACUGGACCCCAGGCUUGGUGGUGCUGGAGAGUCAUCACACGAUAUGCGAUUGAAGGAUAUGAGACUCCCCUCGCGGUACAGGAAUACCGAAGAAUGCCAUUCUUCUACACCACCGCAGAUUUGGACGGAGUUUUUGAAGACUUCCCGACGCUGGACCGCAUGCUGGAGUACACGAAGGACAAGGUGGAUUACUAA